GCGUGGUAUGGCCGGAGCGGCGAUGUCGGCGCUGCGGGGUCGGGCUGGUUCUCCCCGCCGGGGCUUUCGUCUCGGCCCGAGCUCCUGACGCCGCCGUUGCGAGGCGUGGCGCGAGUCAUGUAUCAUCUGCCGGCCGCGCCGGAGCCGCGCCGAGACUUCAUCUCGGUGACGCUGAGCCUCGGCCAGAGCGAUGACGGCAGCAAACGCCGGCGGACGCGCUCCUGCUGGCGGAAAUGGAAGCAACUGUCCAGGCUACAGCGGAACGUCAUCCUGCUGCUCUCGGGCUUCUUGCUGCUCUGCGGCCUCCUGUCCUACGUCAACACGACCGAGCAGUGGAAAGUUCUCACUGUGAGGUCCACGGAGGAGCAGAGGAUGAAGCCAGUCAUUGCCCCUGUGCUGCUAGCUCCGAAAGCGGCACGAGCUGACACGGAGCACAUGGUUCCCCUGAAGUCUCAGAGGAACGUGCGACGGGGCCCUCCCAACCUGCAGAUUCGAGCUCCCGACAGGUGGCCUGGGCCAGUGUCCAGGAGGCCUGGAACCGGCCAAAGGGCAGAGGCUGUAGUUGUUGCAGGCCAGGAAGACUCGGUGCAGAGGACACACAGCUGGAAGGGCGCCGAGCCUGAGCCUGGCACUGGACGGCCUUCCAGGAGUACGAGGGCCUCCCAGCUGCCCCCCUCCAAGGCCAGGGGGAUCCCCAGUCCUGCAGGCACUCGAAAUGAGCGGCAGCAGGCCGUGGUGGACACCUUCCGCCAUGCCUGGGAGGGCUACCGCACAUUCGCCUGGGGCCACGACGAGCUCAAGCCUGUGUCCAGGUCCUUCAACGAGUGGUUUGGCCUCGGCCUCACACUCGUCGACGCCCUGGACACCCUGUGGAUUCUGGGUCUCGGGAAAGAGUUUGCAGAAGCUCGGGAGUGGGUGUCCAGGGAGCUACACUUUGAUAAGGACGUGGAUGUCAACCUGUUUGAGAGCACGAUCCGUAUCCUGGGGGGGCUGCUCAGUGCCUACCACCUGUCUGGGGACCCCCUCUUCCUGCUCAAGGCGGAGGAUUUGGGGAAUCGUCUCAUGCCUGCAUUCAAGACUCCAUCCAGCAUCCCAUACUCGGAUGUCAACCUCGGCACUGGAGUGGCGCACCCGCCAGUCUGGACGUCGGAUAGUACUGUGGCUGAGGUGACGAGUAUCCAGCUGGAGUUCCGGGAGCUUUCUCGCCUCACAGGCAACAGCAAGUACCAGGAGGCUGCAGAGAAGGUGACACGGCAUGUGCACGCACUAUCGGGGAAGAAGGACGGGCUGGUACCCAUGUUCAUCAACACACACAGUGGACUCUUCACCCAUCUGGGUGUCUUCACCCUGGGCGCCAGGGCCGACAGCUACUAUGAGUACCUGCUCAAGCAGUGGGUGCAGGGCGGGAAGAAGGAGACACAGUUACGGGAUGAUUACCUGGAAGCUGUGGAGGGCAUCCGGAAGCACCUGCUUCGCAGAUCAGCGCCCAUGAAUCUCAGCUUUGUGGGAGAGCUUAACCACGGGCGCUUCAGCAACAAGAUGGACCACCUGGUGUGCUUCCUGCCAGGAACGCUGGCACUUGGUGCCCACCACGGCCUGCCUGCCGAGCACAUGGAGCUGGCGCGGGCGCUCAUGGAGACCUGUUACCAGAUGAACCGGCAGAUGGAGACGGGGCUGAGCCCUGAGAUCGUGCACUUCAACUUGUACCCGCAGAAGUUCCAGAAGGACGUGAGCGUGAAGGUGGGCGACCGGCACAACCUUCUGCGACCCGAGACGGUGGAGUCACUCUUCUACCUUUACCACCUCACCAAGGACCGCAAGUACCAGGACUGGGGCUGGGAGCUCCUACGCAGCUUCAACACCUACACACGGGUGACUUCAGGUGGUUUCUCUUCCAUCAAGAAUGUCCAGGAUCCAAAAAACCCACAGCCCCUAGACAAGAUGGAGAGCUUUUUCCUGGGGGAGACGCUCAAAUACCUGUAUCUGCUCUUCUCUGACCAGCUGGGCCCACUCAGCCUAGAUACCUACGUGUUCAACACCGAGGCGCACCCCCUGCCUAUCUGGACCCCCACCUAGGGUGGCUGCAACUGCGUGGGUACAGCCCAGGCUCUGACCUGCACUGGGGUGGGCCAAUGGCUUCCAAAAGCUGACCUGGCAGCUGUUGGGCACCGUCCCAUGCAUCUGAAGUCCCUGGAAAAGCUGCAAGCCUAGAGCCAAUCACAUCUCUUGGGCCCCAUAC